AAGUAAACAAUACGCUCACAUGUAUGGCCAAGAUGGCUGUAGACAGAAAAGUAUAAUAUUUGUAUUCUUGUAAAGCAAGCAGAUUUAUAAAGCAUCACCCACAGUGUCAUACUUUUAGGUUUACAACAAUAAUAGGAAACACGACAGUUUCUUGCUGAAUCGAAAAACACAAAGCAAGCGGCAGAAUGAGCAAUAUUUACAUUCAGGAGCCGCCAACUAAUGGAAAGGUCCUGUUGAAAACCUCAGCAGGUGACAUUGACAUUGAGUUGUGGUCCAAGGAAGCUCCCAAAGCAUGCAGGAACUUUGUGCAAUUGUGCAUGGAAGGUUACUAUGACGGCACGCCGUUUCACCGAGUGGUGCCUGAGUUCAUCGUUCAGGGUGGAGAUCCCACUGGAACCGGCACAGGUGGAGAGUCCAUCUAUGGCCGACCGUUCAAGGACGAGUUUCACUCCAGACUGCGCUUUAACCGGAGAGGUUUGGUUGCCAUGGCAAAUGCUGGACCGCAUGAUAACGGCAGUCAGUUCUUCUUCUCUUUGGGACGAGCAGAUGAGCUGAACAAUAAACACACCAUAUUCGCAAAGGUGACAGGAGACACCGUUUAUAAUAUGCUAAGAUUGGCAGAAGUGGAAUGUGACGGCGACGAAAGACCUUUGAAUCCCCACAAGGUUAAAACUACAGAGGUCCUUCAUUCUCCUUUUGAUGACAUCAUUCCUCGUGAAACAAAGAAAGCCAAAAAGGACAAAGAUAAAGAGGAGGGGAAGAAAUCCCAGUCGAAAGCCACCAAGAACUUCAGUCUGUUGUCGUUUGGAGAGGAAGCUGAAGAAGAAGAGGAGGUGGCUAAUCAAGUCAGCCAGACACUGAAGGGAAAAAGCAAAAGCAGCCACGACCUCCUGAAGGACGACCCCAGACUGAGCUCUGUUCCAGCAGUGGACAAGAAAAAGAAGAAGGGAGCAUCAGGAGAUACGCUCGAGACGGAUGAUGAUGAUGAUGACGACGACGAUGAUGAUGAUACAGAUGAAGACUCAGAGAGGAAAGCGAAGAUAAGGGAGCUCAUCAGUAAGAAGCUGCAGAAAGAAAAAGGUGCAGAGCUCAGUGAAGAAGAGCGAGGGAAGAAAAGCAGCCGCAGUGAUGAAUUGCGGAAAGAGGCGCGUCAGUUGAAGAAGGACCUACAGGCCAUAAAACAAAGAAAAGAAGAGGGUUUCAAACCUGCAGUGGAAGAAGUCAAGGAAGAGAAAAAGCCGUCCAGUGAGGCCGUCUCCGAGUAUCUGGAGGGUCGAAAGAAGUACGAAGAGGUCAGGAAACAGAAGAAGAAAAAGGGCUCGAAGACGAGGGAAGAACAGACUCUGGCCCUCCUCAAUCGAUUCAAGUCCAAGCUGUCGACGGCCAUCACUGACGCUCCAGAGGAGGAAGCGGCGGAGGAGGAGCUGGCCGAGGAUGACGACAAAGGAUGGAUGGCCCAUGUUCUGCAGUUUGAUGAGCAAUCCAGAAAAGUCAAGGAUGCCAACAUGCAGGACGAGGACACUUUCGAGAUCUACGAUCCACGCAACCCCGUCAACAAACGGAGGAGAGAGGAGAGCAAGAAGAUCAUGAAGGAGAAGAAGGCCAAGAGGUGAGGUCCUGGCUAAGCCGAACGACUUUCAAAGAAAACUGGUCCUCCAGCAUCCUGCCCGUCCACUGGAACAUCUGGACCGUGAUGCUGACCAUACGCUCUCUGUAAUCUGUGAUGGAAGGGCUUCCUCUCUUAAAAACAGCUGCACCCCCGGACGACUGCUCACUUACUCAUCGGGACUCUUAGUAAUGCUUGAGGUCAUGAUUUCAUUACAUGUAACGUUGUUAACUUUUAUAUCCCAUUCUUCUUCUGUAAAUGUUUAAAUGGGAGCGUUAGACUUUGCCAGAGAAAUAAAUAACAUUUGUUAGCUGCCUGAA